GUUUAUUUGACUUGGCCUGUGCCAAACUGUGCUGAGGGAUGUCCUGGCUCAUGGAUUAAAGAUGGUUACUGUGAUAAAGCCUGUAAUAACUCAGCAUGUGAUUGGGAUGGAGGUGAUUGCAUUGGUAACAGUGGGGGUAGUCGCUAUGUUGCUGGUGGAGGUGCAGUUGGAGGUAUCGGGAAUGGACCACCAUGGCAAUUUGGUGCAGGAAUAAGUGGUGUUUCAUACUGUAACCAAGGCUGUGCUAAUUCCUGGCUAGCAGACAAAUUCUGUGAUCAGGCCUGCAAUGUCCUCUCCUGCGGAUUUGAUGCUGGUGACUGUGGCCAAGAUCACUUCGAAGAGAUGUACAAGGUGACGCUUCAGCUUAAUCAGACCUACUAUGUUAUUCCCAAAGGUGAAUGUCUGCCCUACUUCAGCUUCAGCGAAAUAGCCAAGAAAGGAAUUGAGGGUUCAUAUAGUGAUAAUCCAAUUAUUCGACACGCUUCAGUUGCUAACAAAUGGAAGACUAUCCACCUCAUAAUGCAUAGUGGCAUGAAUGCAACUGUGAUCUAUUUUAACCUUACAUUUCUAAAUAAAAACGAUGAGGAGUUUAAAAUGCAGGUAGCUGUUGAAGUUGAUACUAGAGAGGAACCAAAACUGAACACAACUUCUAUGCAAAAAUCCAACUCUGAUUUUAAAACUACAACUUCAAUACCAGAAGCUGAAAUGAUAUUUGAGGAUAUUCCUGAAGAAAAACGCUUUCCAAGAGUUAGGAGACAUAGAAAUGGCACAAAAGAGAGUCUACAUGAAGAGGUGAUAAUACCAUCAGUAAAUGUGUCUCUCCUUCCUGAAGAUGUUCAGCUAGCACUGCAGAACCUGGAUUUAAAACUACUGAACGGUGAUAUAACUCAGAAAGGAUUUAACCUAUCCAAGGCCGCUCUCCUGAGACCUUUCCAGUUCUUAACUACAGUAAAGAGUAUUAUAGGCCUGGAAAAGAAGGGCAUGCCUAAUCGUUCAGAAGAUCAGAAGAACCAUAGCAGCUGGCAGAAGCCUUAUAAAGAUGUAAACGAUGGCAAAAUAAAAACAAUGAAAGCAAAUGAAGAAGUUCCUUCAAGGCUUACAGGAACAAAGGGGACUGUUGUGACAAUGAACACAAAUAAACCUAUUUAUAAAGGAAAGCCUAAAUCGACACUUCCAGCCCAGAGCAUGGGAAAUAAAAAUGAAACUCGAGAAAAAGUACUGAAUGCACUCAUAUUAAGGGAAACCCAGAAAUCAAAACAUACUGGGAAUUUAGAUACUGGAGAAGAUGCACAGGGAAUGGAAGGAGGAAAAGGGCGUGCGCAGGUGGAUAUAAAUGUAAGGGAGGGGCUAGUGGGAAGAAAAUUACAGUCUUAUGCUGGAAGUUACCAAGGCUUUUUGCCAUGGGAGAAAAAGAAGUAUUUCCAGGACCUUCUUGAUGAAGAAGAGUCAUUACUCAAACAAAUGUCAUACUUUACUGAUGGUAAACAUUUUGGAAGGCAGCUGAAAGAUACAUUUGCUGAUUCCCUUCGAUAUGUAAAUAAGCUUUUAAACAGCAAAUUUGGAUUUACAUCUCGGAAAGUCCCUGCUCAUAUGCCUCACAUGAUUGACCGCACUGUUAUGCAAGAGCUACAGGAUAUGUUUCCUGAGGAGUUUGACAAGACAUCAUUUCAUAAAGUGCGGCACUCAGAAGAUAUGCAGUUUGCUUUUUCAUAUUUCUACUAUCUUAUGAGUGCAGUCCAGCCACUGAACAUUUCUCAGAUCUUCGAUGAGGUUGAUACGGACCAGUCGGGCAUUUUGUCUGACAGAGAGAUUCGCACAUUGGCCACGAGAAUCCAUGAAUUACCAUUAAGUUUACAGGAUUUGACGGGUCUAGAACAAAUGCUAAUAAAUUGCUCUAAAGCUCUUCCUGCCAACAUCACUCAGAUCCAUGUCAUUCCACCAACUCAGGAAGCAUAUUAUGAUCCCAAUCUGCCUCCAGUAACAAAAAACCUAGUGACUAAUUGCAAACCUGUGACUGACAGAAUUCGUAAGGCAUACAAGGACAAAAACAAAUACAGGUUUGAAAUCAUGGGAGAAGAGGAAAUUGCUUUCAAAAUGAUUCGCACAAAUGUCUCUCAUGUAGUUGGCCAGCUGGAUGACAUACGAAAAAAUCCCAGGUAUCCUGUUUCUUGAUUUGUAUGAAAUUUUGA